AUGUUUUCCUCAUACAGAUACGUAGAUCCCCUCUGUGGCAUUCGUCGGCCUGCCCCGAUAUCCAGAGGUUCUAAAGACGCCAUCGCCACAAAUCCUGCAAGGUCUGACAAGCUCAUGCGGGAGCGGUCGAUACGAACGAAUAGGAAACACAAAUUUGUGGAUUGUUUGUCUAACCAGGAUGUAAAUAUCGCCGAGCUGAGGAAACUUGCAUGGGCUGGGAUACCCAACGAACUUCGGCCAAUGGCAUGGCAAUUACUUCUUGGCUACCUACCCCUCGCCAGUCCUCUCCGCGCAGCUACCCUUGCUCGAAAACGGAACGAAUAUACAUCUCUAGUAGAAGUAGCAUUUGCUCGCGAUCGAGAAGGUGUAGACCAGCAGAUAUGGCAUCAGAUUGAGAUAGACGUUCCACGUACACGUCCUGGUGUUCGUCUUUGGAUGUAUGGCUCGACUCAACGAAGUCUGGAACGAAUUCUCUACGUCUGGGCGAUCCGACAUCCAGCUAGUGGCUACGUCCAAGGCAUCAACGAUCUCGUAACACCUUUCUUCCAAGUUUUCCUGUCCGCAUAUAUCGAUUCUGAUCCGGAGGAAUUCGAUCCCGCGUUGCUCCCAAAGAGCGUUUUCAACGCGGUUGAAGCUGACUCAUUUUGGUGUCUCUCUCGUUUACUGGACGGCAUACAAGACAACUACAUAUUCGCUCAGCCCGGCAUCCAACGCAGUGUACGUAGAAUGGCAGAUCUUGUCGCAAGAAUUGAUGCACCCUUGUCCUCCCAUCUCGAAUCUCAGAAUGUCGAAUUUAUGCAGUUCGCUUUCCGAUGGAUGAAUUGCUUGUUGAUGCGGGAGAUUAGCGUUCAGAAUACUAUCCGGAUGUGGGACACGUAUCUGGUAUGCCCCGACGCGUUUUCGCAAUUCCAUCUCUAUGUUUGCUCGGCGUUUCUAGUUAAGUGGAGUGAAAAGCUUCGUCAAAUGGACUUUCAGGGCAUCAUCAUGUUCCUACAAUCUCUACCUACACAAGGAUGGGGUGACCACGAAGUCGAGAUGCUGCUCAGUGAAGCAUUCGUGCUCAAUUCGAUAUGGCACAAUGCCCAGAGUCAUUUUAAUGGAAAGUAG